AAAUUUUAAAUUGAUAUAUGAAUACACUACUAUUUGAUUUUUUAUUAUUUUUUCAUACAUAUUUAUAAAAUUAAUAAUUAGUUGCUAAAGCAUGGGUGAAAAAUGGUCGAGUAUAAAGGCGUCAGAUAUUGUAAUUCCUAAUUUAGAUGAACUAUUUAACAGGGAUCCUUAUUUGAAACCUUAUGAAUACGAAAUUAAAAAAAGAUACGCUUUAUUCAAAGAUUAUUUAGAGAAAAUAGAAUCUGAAGAUAAAGAUUUAGAUAAAUUUACUAGAUCAUAUACGGAAUUUGGUAUUCAUAUUAACGAAGAUAAUUCUGUCAGUGGAACAGAAUGGGCACCAGGAGCACAAGAAAUUUACCUAACAGGAGAUUUCAAUAAUUUCAAUCCUAUGCAUUCAUAUACGAAAUUAAAGAAUGGUAAAUGGAAAUUAUAUAUACGACCAAACUCUGAUGGAAGUUGUAUAAUCAAACAUUUGUCAGAAAUAAUUAUUAUUAUUAUCGAUGGAAGUGGGAACAUGAUUAAGCGACUUAGUCCGUGGGCAACAUAUGUAACUCAGUUAAAUAGCGAUUCAGAUGAUACAACAUACAAACAAAAAUUUUGGUAUCCAAUGCCAGAAGCUAGAUAUAAAUUUAAAUAUCCAAAGCCAAAUAAACCAAAAAGUCUUCGUAUAUAUGAAUGCCAUGUCGGAAUUGCAACGCAAGAACCACGUAUUGGUACUUAUCUAGAAUUUGCUAAAAAUGUUAUUCCUCGAAUUGUAAAACAAGGUUAUAAUACUAUUCAGUUAAUGGCAAUAAUGGAACAUGCAUAUUAUGCUUCUUUUGGCUAUCAGGUUACUUCUUUUUUUGCUCCUUCAUCUCGUUUCGGUACACCUGAAGAAUUAAAAGAGUUAAUUGAUAUUGCUCAUAAAAAUGGUAUUUAUGUCUUAUUAGAUAUUGUCCAUUCCCAUGCUUCAAAAAAUACUCUAGAUGGAUUAAAUAUGUUUGAUGGGACCGAUUCAUGUUAUUUUCAUGACCGAUUAGAAGGCGAACACCCAGUUUGGGGAACCAAAUUAUUUAAUUAUGCAGAAUACGAAGUUUUAAGAUUUUUGUUAUCAAAUUUACGAUGGUACAUUGAUGAAUACAGAUUUGAUGGUUAUAGAUUUGAUGGUGUCACAUCUAUGCUUUACUACUCUAGAAAUUUUGAAAAUCGUUGUAAUGAUUAUUAUGAUAAUUAUUUUGGAUUAAAUGUUGACGUUGAAAGCGUUAUUUAUAUAAUGUUAGCUAAUCAUAUAUUACAUUUAUAUUAUCCUGAAAUUAUAACCAUUGCUGAAGAUGUAAGUGGUAUUCCAGGACUUUGCAGGCCUAUAGAUGAAGGAGGCUUUGGCUUCGAUUAUCGAUUAGGAAUGGCAAUUCCAGAUAAAUGGAUUAAACUUCUUAAAGAAGUAAAAGAUGAAAAUUGGAAUAUGGGUGAUAUAGUUUGGACAUUAACUAAUCGUAGAUAUAUGGAAAAAACAGUAGCUUACGUUGAGUCUCAUGAUCAAGCUCUUGUUGGCGAUAAAACCAUAGCAUUUUGGUUAAUGGAUAAAAAGAUGUACACACAUAUGAGUGUGUUGAGCCCUGCAAAUUAUGUGAUAAAUCGAGGAAUUGCAUUACACAAUAUGAUAACUCUUAUAACACAUUCAUUAGGUGGAGAAGCGUAUUUAAAUUUUAUUGGCAAUGAAUUUGGACAUCCUGAAUGGUUAGAUUUUCCUCGCAAGGGUAAUAAUAAUAGUUAUCAUUACGCUAGGCGUCAAUGGCAUUUAGUAGAUGAUGAGAAUUUAAAAUAUAAAUUUAUGAACAAAUGGAAUUCAGCAAUUAAUGCUUUAGAAGAAAUUUAUGGAUGGCUUCAUUCUAGUCCUGUAAGUUUUCAUAUAAAUUAG